GUUGAUUUCCACAGCAAAGAAAGGGACGGACCAACGAAACACUCCCCCAAUUGGAGGCGAUGCUUGGCAACUGGAAGAACCCUGCCCCUCCGAAUUGCGGAGUCCCGAAGCCAGAAAUAACGGAAGAUCCAUCUUCCGCGACUCCGCUGUCGGAGGAACAGAAUGGCUCCAACCCCGCUUGUUGUUGCUGCUGCUGCUGCUGCUGCUGCUGCUGCUGCUGCUGCUGCUGCAUGCAUCAUGCAUUUCAAACCAUAAACCAAUCAGCCAUACCCAGGCAUCCAGCUAAUUGCGGCUCCAAACUAAUAUCCACGACCCUGGCCAACUAUAUCCCUUUCCAUUGGCCGAUUCUUCUCAUCACUAUCUCGACACAAGUGCUACAGCCAAACACAGAGCAAACAUGGCCACACCACCCACCACCGUGCUCCCAAUCGACCUCAUGGAGAUGCAACUCUCGACCAUCGACCUCCUCACGGCGAUGUACGCCUCGCCCGAGGAACUCGAAAUCCCCCCAGCCUCAGCCGAGUGCCUGGAGAAGCUGCGCGCCUGGUGCGAGGACCCCAACCCCACCAACGCACCACCACCCUCCGGCAUCCCAUCCAGCAUCUCACUCUACGUCUCACUGCCCCUGGCAGACAGCGACAAGCGGUUCCAAGUCAACCUGACGAUCCCGCUGCACUGCGCCGCCCAGCCCGACCCAAAACCGGACCACCAACCCCCACCGCCGACCUACUCGCUGCGCCCGGACUGGCUGUCCAGAGCCGAGAUCACCAAGCUGGCGGCAUCCAUGCCCGCCGACGCAGACGUAUUCGAGGCACUAACCUACAUCCAAGAAGCGGCCGCGCGGCUCCUAGUCGAGGCCGAGGAAGUCCAGCAAGACGCCUCCUGCUCGACCAAAUCCGAGUCUGGCGCGGCCACAGCCCGCGGCCCGCUGGUGCGCGUCUGGUUCUACUUCCCGUCGCUGUCGACGCGCGCGAAGCGCGACGACCUCGUGAACCAUGCGCCCGAGUACGCGCUGACGGGGUUCGUGCUCGCGGGCAAACCCGGGGUGCUGUGUCUCGAGGGCGCGUCGGCGGAUAUCGAUGCGUACAUGAAGUUCAUCAAGACGCACUCGUGGGGCGAUAUCCCCAGCCACCAGAAGAAGGUCAGCGAGCGGUUCCGCGAGACCGGCGCGGCGGUGCGGCGCGUGUUUGCGGGCAUGGAGGAGAUCACGGACUCGUUGGGGGAGCGCAGCGGGCAGCGGGCGAAUCGUGGGGAUAUGCAGGCGCUUGAGCAGUGGCUUCAUGCCAGGGGGUUGGGGGAUGCGUUUGAGAAGGUUAUCUUCUGA